AUGAGCGGCCAAAUCCCAAUACAAUUCACUGAGCUCUUCAAUCUCCAAAACUUGGGAGUGAAUCCACAACUCAUUUCAUUCACCACCGUUACGCUCGAAUCAGAUAAAUAUGUUUGUGUUAGGGAUCAAAUCUCACCUCAAAAGUCUAUCCAAAUUGUUGAUGUCGAUUCUCAAAGUGUUACCUCGAAUAAAGUCAAUGCUGACUCGGCCAUUAUGCACCCAACAACAAAGGUGCUCGCAUUGAGAUCUGGAAACACUAUUCAAAUUUUCAACUUGGAAAUGAAGGCAAAGAUGAAGGAACACACAAUGACCGAAGCUAUUGUCUUCUGGAGAUGGAUCAGCACAAACACUAUUGCCAUCGUUACGGCAACCAGUGUGUACCACUGGUCAAUGGAUGGUCAAAGCGCUCCAAAGAAGAUGUUCGACCGUCAUCAAAACCUCGCCAACGCUACCAUCAUCAACUACAGAACUGAUACUAAUGCACAAUGGUUGUUAUUAAUUGGUUUAGCAAGAGCUGAAGACAACUCAACAAAGGGAGUAAUGCAAUUGUACUCGGUUGAGAAGAAGGUCACUCAAGCAAUCGAUGGCCACGCUGCUUGUUUUGUGGACUUUAAGCUCUCUAAUAAUUUUGUUACAACUGUUGUUUGUAUUGCAUCAAGCACACCACAAGGUGGUAAACUCUUCGUGAUGGAAGUGCCAACCAACAAGCCAUCUGAUGCCCCAGCAUUUGAAAGAAAGGCUGUUCCAAUCCAAUUCCCAACCCAAGGAGACUUCCCAGUUGCUAUGCAAGCAAGUGAUAGACAUGGUGUUUUCUUCAUGAUCACAAAAUCUGGAUUCUUGUACAUGUAUGACGUUGAAUCAGCUACACUGAUCUUCAGCAAUCGUAUUAGUGAUGAUGCUCUAUUCAUCACAGCCCCAAGAGCUGGAGGUCUCAUUGGUGUCAACAAGAAGGGUCAAGUUUUGUCAAUCACAGUUGAUGAUAACACUGUUGUUCCAUAUGUUGCCAAGGUUUUGGGUGACCAAGCUUUGUCCUUGAAGAUUUCUUCUAGAGCUAAUAUUGGAGGCAAUAUGGUUAGCGACUUGUAUCUCCAACAAUUCAAUCAACAACUCAACCAAAUGAACGUCCAAGCUGCUAUUACUCUUGCUGCUGACUCACCACAAGGAAUUUUGAGAACUCCUGAUACUAUUGCUAGAUUGCAACGUUUACCAGUUGCUCCAGGACAAAAGCCUGCAAUUUCUCAAUACUUCCAAUACAUUAUCGAAAAGAGUAAGCUCAAUCCUUAUGAAUCUCUCGAAUUGGCAAAGAUUGUCUUACAAAAGCAAGGAGGUGUUGAUUACUUGAAGAAGUUAUUAGGUGAUGACAAGAUUGAAGGAAGCACUGAAUUGGGAGAUUUUGUUAGACAAUACAGCCAAGAAUUGGCCAUGCAAAUUUACUUGAAGGGUAAAGCACACGACAAGAUUAUUGAUUCAUUGUUGCAAAUGGGUGACUAUGAACGAGUGUUGGCAUAUUGUCAAAAAGUAGAAUUCACUCCAGACUACUAUGAUAUCUUCAGAAAGCUUUGUAUGGUUAAUCCUGACAAUGCUGUCAAAUAUGCUUGCAAGAUUCACGAAAACCAACAAACAAGAAUUGAACCAAACACUGUAAUUGAUCUUUUGGUUCAAGGAAAUCUCAUCAAGCAAGUUACAGCUUAUCUUUUGGAUAUUCUCAAGAAUGACAGACCUGAGGAUGGACCUCUUCAAACAAGAUUGUUGGAAAUCAACUUGACUUACAGUCCAAUUCAAGUUGUUGACUCAAUUCUCCAACAAAAACUUGUUUCUCAUUACGACAAGGCUAAGAUUGCUAGAAUGUGUGAAAAGGCUGGACUCUUCCAAAGAGCUCUCGAAAACUACACUGAUCCAAACGACAGAAAGAGAGUCAUUGUCAAUACUCACGCAAUGAAUGUUGAAUGGUUGGUCAAAUGGUUUGAGGAUAUUCCAAAGGCAGAAGUUUUCACUUAUUUAAGAGAAUUAAUGAAGAACAAGAAUAACCUCCAAAUUGUUGUCAAGGUUGCUACUGCCAACAGUGAUGUUUUGGAACCAGAGAACCUCAUUCCAAUCUUUGAGGAAGCCAAGAGCAACGAAGGACUUUACUACUAUUUGGGCUCCAUUGUUGGAUUCUCUCAAGAUCCACAAGUUCACAACAAGUACAUCAUUGCUGCUACUAAGGUCAACCAACUUUCUGAGGUUGAAAGAGUUACUCGUGAAAGUGAUUACUAUGAAGCUGAUGUUAUCAAGGAAUUCUUGAAGGAAGCAAGAUUGGCUAACCAAAUGCCACUCAUUAACGUUUGCGACAAGCAUGGUUAUAUUGAUGAAUUGGUCAGAUAUCUCUACAACAACAGUCAACUCAAAUUCAUUGAUAUGUAUGUCAGACAAAUUAACCCAAUUAGAACUCCUGAAGUUGUUGGUGCUCUCCUUGAUGUUGAUGCCAGUGAAGAUUUCAUUAGAAAUCUCAUCAUGGGAGUUGGUAACAUGUGUCCAACUGAACCAUUGGUUGAAGAGGUUGAAAAGAGAAAUAAGCUCAAGUUGUUGUUGCCAUGGUUGGAAGCUCGUGUUAACGAAGGAAGCCAAGAACCAGGCUGUCACAAUGCUUUGGCAAAGAUUUAUAUUGACCUCAGCCAAAAUGCUGAAAACUUCUUGAUUAACAACCAAUUCUAUGAUUCAAGAGUUGUUGGUCAAUAUUGUGAAAAGAGAGAUCCUCACUUGGCCUUCGUUGCUUAUAAGAGAGGACAAUGUGACUUGGAAUUGGUCGCUGUUACCAACAAGAACGGUAUGUUCAAGCAACAAGCCAGAUACCUUGUUGAGAGACAAAGCCCAGAAUUGUGGGCUCACGUUUUGGAUGGUGAGAACACUUAUAGACGUCAACUCAUUGAUCAAGUCGUUCAAACUGCUCUGCCUGAAAGCAAGAGCAGCGAUGAAGUCUCUACCACUGUUAAGGCAUUCAUGACUGCCAAUCUUCCAAACGAGUUGAUUGAAUUAUUAGAAAAGAUUGUUUUACACGGAUCAUCCGAGUUCAAGACCAAUAGAAACUUGCAAAACUUGUUGAUUCUCACUGCUAUCAGUGCUGAGAAGACUCGUGUCAUGGACUACAUCAACAGAUUGGACAAAUAUGACGCAGCUGAUAUUGCCAGAGUUGCUAUCAACAAGGAGUUGUACGAGGAAGCCUUUGUCAUGUACAGCAAGAACAAGUUGAACACAGAUGCUAUCAGAGUUUUGAUUGAUUACAUUCAAUCUAUUACUAGAGCUGCUGAAUAUGCUAAGGUUGUCAAUGAACCAGAGUGUUGGAGCAUUUUGGCUAGAGCCCAAUUGAAUGCUCUCCUUGUUUCUGAUGCUAUUGAAUCCUUCAUGAAGGCUGAUGACCCAACUGACUACCACAAUGUCAUUCAAUAUGCUGAACAACAAGACGAAUACAAGUCAUUGAUCAAAUUCUUGGAAAUGGCCAGAAAGAAGAUCCAAGACUCUGUCAUUGAUACUGAAUUGGUUUAUUCUUAUGCUAAGUAUUCCAAGCUCAAGAAUAAGCCAGAAGUUUUGGCUGACAUGGAAGAUUUCAUCUCUGGACCAAACUUGGCUCAAAUCCAAGCAGUCGGUGAUAGACUUUUCGAUGAACAAAUCUACAAUGCUGCUAGAAUUCUCUUCCAAUCCAUUUCUAACUAUGCUCGUUUGACAAGUACUUUGAUCAAGUUGGGAUUGUUGAGAGAAGCUGUCUCAUCUGCUCAAAAGGCUAACUCCAUCAAGUCAUGGAAGGAAGUUAUGUUUGCUUGUAUUGAUGCUAGUGAAUUUAGAUAUGCUCAAUCAUGUGCUCUCAACAUUAUUGUUCAUGCUGAUGAACUGGAAGAUCUCCUCUACUAUUAUGAACAACGUGGAUACUUUGAACAAGUUAUUGAACUUAUGGAGAAGGGAUUGGGACUUGAACGUGCUCACAUGGGUAUCUUUACUGAAUUGGGAGUCUUGUAUGCCAAGUACAGACCAGAAAAGCUCAUGGAACACAUUACUCGUUAUUGGGGUAAAUGCAACAUUCCAAAGUUGUUACAAGCUUGCGAAGCCAAUCACUUGUGGGCUGAAAUGAGAUUCUUGUAUUGUCACCAUGACGAACCUGAUGCAGCCAUCAAGGUCAUGAUGGAACACUCUCCAGAAGCUUGGGACCACUCAGUAUUCACAGAAACUAUUGUCAAGAUUGUAAAUAUGGAAUUGUACUACAGAGCUAUUAACUUCUACUUGCAAGAGCAACCAAAAUAUCUUGAAGAUUUGAUGGUUGUGCUCACACCAAAGUUGGAUCAUGAAAGAGUUGCACGUGAUAUUAGAUAUCAAAACAAUGGUGAAGACCUUCCACUCAUCAAGAAGUAUUUGGAAUCUGUCCAAGAUCAUGACUUGCCACAAGUUAACGAAGCUCUUAACAGCUUGUACAUUGAAGAAGAGGAUUAUAUUGCAUUGAGACGAUCUCUUGAUCAAUAUAGAAAUCUUGACCAAUUGGCUCUUGCUGCUCAAUUGGAGAAUCACGAACUUCUUGAAUUCAGAAGAAUUGCUUCAUGGCUGUACAAACUCAACAAGCAAUGGGAGAAUUCGAUCAAGUUAAGCAAGAAGGACAACUUGUACAAGGAUGCAAUGGAAACUGCAGCUGAAAGUCAAAAGCAAGAUAUUUGUGAAGAUCUUUUGAAAUUCUUCGUCUCUAAGGGUUUGAAGGACUGCUUUGCUGCUUCAUUGUAUAACUGUUACAAUUUCGUUCGUCCUGAUGUUGCUCUUGAGUUGGCUUGGAGAAACAACAUUAUCGACAUGGUAAUGCCAUACAUGGUUCAAGUUUUGCGAGAAUAUACCACCAAGGUUGAUGAUUUGUGCACAGAGAGUCGUCAAAGAAAGAAGGAUGCUGAAAUCAAGGCUCAACAAACAGCUACUGAAUACGGUGAUCCAAAUGCUGCUUACACAGGUGCUGUCACUGAUCCAUACGCUACUGGUUACACUCAAGGUGGAUACACUGGUUACACUGCUGAUCCAUACUCUCAAGGAUAUGGUGGUGCUUAUGGUGGUUACACUGGCGGAAACACUUGGUAA